GCCAAGAGGGGUGUAAAGUACUGGCGGCUGCAGUGGGGUCACACCAGUGUGGGUGCCCUAUAGGUUUUCAGGUAAACACUUGACAGCUGGCGAACCUUUAUCACCUACUGAAAAGCACAGAAAGCAGCACAUACACCCUCUAGAGCAGCAAGGAAAAGCAACUCUUCCCCUCUCCACCUGACUUGCAAAAACAGCAGAAGAGAAUGAGGAUCUUCAGGCAACCUGGAACAAAAGCUACCCAACCAACCCUUGUUGAGGGGCUGGCAGCUCCUGCUCCCAUGAAGGUCACUUCGGGCGCAAGGAAAUCGCGACGCAACGGACUUCAUGGAGGCCUCCGCUCCCCCACGGAGGAGGACACGGAGAUGAGGGGCCUCGUCACCGGGGAGAGCGCCCGUCCGCCAUUGGCAAAGCGGGCUUGUAACCGUCUAUCCCCCGACUCCCCCGGGGUCAAGAAGCUACCGAGGCACGGCUUGAGGAACCGCCAAGGCUCGAAACAUCUGGCAAUUGGGGGAGGCCACGGUCACCUAGGAGCGUGGAGAGCUCGUAUCCUCCAGGAGGACUUUCUUUCAAGAGAAAAAGCGCGACUAUAACAACAACAGAGCAGCUUCCCGAAAGCUUUUGUUGCACUACGCAUGCUCCAGCCGCCGCGGUCAGUUCCGGCGGACGAGAGGAAAGCAGCACAUACUCAGCAGCUACCAAGCUACGGAGCUCGUUAGGCGCAUGCUCAGGUCCCGACUCUGCCGGUGCGGGGAGGUGCUUGGAAUUGAAUCACAGGAACACAUUCAGUAGAUGAAGUGGUAUAUGCCCAUGUUGUGGAUUAAUGGUAUCCAUUGAGAAGUUAGGCGCUCCUAGGUUAUUGACUUCACUGGAUUUAAGCAAGCCUAACUGCAGAAUCUGGACAGUUUGCAAAUAAAAAUGCUAUUGUGUUUUGCCAUACCAUGAAGGGGAAAAAAUUUGGUGAACAUGCUUAAGUUUUCUCAUAGGCUGGUAUAAAUCAACUUUUAGGAAAUGGAUCCUGAUAAAGAAUUAGAAAUAUCACUGGACAGAACUAAGAAAGAAGUUCAGGAAAGAACUAGAACCAAAAAAAAAUCUGUGCUCAAAGGAAGUGCUAGAAAAAAGCAGACUGAAGAUAGAAUGUAUAUUGAUAGAAUGCAAACAGAAGCCCAAGGUCAACAUCCACGGGAAGUUGUGGCUGACAUAGAAAACCAAAGUAAAUUAACAGAAACAUUGCGGAAGAGAGUAAGAAGAAAGCUGAAAACUGUCAAGGUGGAAUUUUCAAAAAGUUUAAAAGGCUCCUCUUCUUUUCCACACCGAUUGGAGUGCCUCAGAAAGAAAGAAUUGAGUACAAAAUAUGGAAAGCCUGCUGCACAAGAAGAAAAAUCUGCUGACAAACACCAGUCUGAUACUAAAGAAUACGAAAAUGACCUUGAAGGAAGCACUGAGAAUCAAGUCUCAAUGGAUGAGGGCUUUAAAUUUUUCACUUCAACCUUUGAAGAAGAUUUGCAGCUGGAAGAAACGGAUCAAGGAAUUGACCAGAAAUCAAUAAAUGACAGUCUUCAAAAUGUCUAUGUCUUGAAUGAACAAGCUCCUCUGCUUGACCAUGUAAGAGAAAUGUUACUUCCAGAAUUGCUUGAAAUAAAGCCUCCUGAAUAUGAAUGCAGGAACAUGGACAAGAAAAAGCAAUUGGAGCAACUUUUUGUGCCAAGCACUUCUCCAGUUGUGCACAGCUGUAAGCUACCAAACAAUAUGUUACCACGAUUCUUAGAAGAUGAAGGAUUUUACAUUCCAAGGAAACCUUCUGUUUCUAGGAAUACAUACCACAAAAUGGAAAAUCGUCUUCUUCAACAAGAAGGGGGAAAAAGCUGGUUUGAAGAAAGCGGGGAAAUAAUUUCAUUACCUUCUCCAAUCAAACAAUCAAGUCAUUGCAGAAUGCCUUUUCCUCCUAAGAUUGACACACAACUAAAGACAACAUACAGAAAGGCAAUGCGACCCGAGCUAGAAAGCUGCAUCAUAACUAAAUCAGAGGACCAGAGUGAAAUUUAUCAAUUAGAUCUUAACAUAUCAAGUAUUGUGUUCAGCCAUCAUUCACUUUUCAAUUGUGAGCAAGUAUUGGCUGCCAAGUUACUUGAACUUUAUGAAUGCUUUCAGAAAAGACAGCAGCAAAACGUUACUCACUUGCUAUCUGAAAAACUGAAAGCAUUAAUUAGUGCCACAAAACUGGCAGAAAGUAAUUUAGAAGCAAGUCAACUGAGUGCAAAAACUCUAGAGGAUUACAGAUCACAAAUAAGAAAUACUAAAAUGUUACAUGACACAGAACGUCAAAGAGAUGAUUCUUUAGUACAAAGUAUGCUGAAAGUAUGGAAACAAAUAAAAUCUGUACGUAGGCAGCAAAGAUUUAUCAGUACAACUGUAAAGCUGCAAUUUCAAAAGCUGACCAAAAACUUGCUAUCAGAGGAAUAUGCAACCAAAAUAUCAGAAGAAACUGAAAAAAAGAUAAGACAAGAAAGAGAAGAGUGUGAUAUUGAUUCCUCAAAUAAAGUCUCAUCAAGCUGGAAAAAACAGGGAUGCUUGGAUUCAACUUAUGCCUUUCUAAGCUCAACAAACUUUGAAGAGAUGAAUGGACCUCUUUUCAUGCCCCGUCUUGCCUUCACAACUGAAAUAACAGCAACAGACCUGUGUUCUCUAGAUGAACAGAAGAGAAGAGAAAAAGUUCAAAUGGAGAAGUACUUCAUUAAAAUAUAUUACAACAAUAAAUUGGUCUCCUGCACUUCAGAAGCUCCUCUUCAGCAUGAUUUUAAAAUCAUAUUCCACCAAAUAUUUAGAAUUCAAGUAUUAAACUGGCCUGAAUCUCUCCGAUUAGAGGUUUUUGAAUCAAAUAAAAAUACAACUUUGUUGGCCAAAGUGUACUUACCUCUUCCUGAUAACUUUAACUUGAAAAGCAAAGAUGUUUUGGAGGAGGCAGAAUUUAGUUGUGAACAGCAAGUGAAGCCUUCAGAUGGGGCAGUGGGAAGCAAUGUACUAUUUUUUCUUGAUGAAAAUGAAAAAGAAGAGCUAUGUCUUCUGAUAUCGGGAAAAUUAAUAUAUUCUCUAUCUUGGGCAGCUGAUGAUAGAGGCAUUCCUUUAGCACCUACAGUUCAACAUGCACAUUUUGCUUGCAACAGUGUGUCAAGGAUUAUGGAUGCAAGAAAAGGAACUGGAAUUUGGUUGCAUUCUGACAUACAGAAACUGAUAGAUAGGGCAAAAGAAGUCAAUAUUGAUCCAAAUGAUCCUGAUUAUUCAGAUUUGGUUGAGUUAAUUAUGUAUGCAAAGUUUCAGGAGCAAAGCGAUUCAAAAUACUUUCGUCUUGAACAGCUGCAAGAAGAAUUUAACUUCGUUACUGAGGAAGAGAUUAAAAAUUGUAAACGUUUCCAGCUGUUGCAGCUGAGAAGCUUAGGACAGUUAGGUUUCUACUGUUUUCAGCAAAUUCCUCUCCAUGACAGAGAGAUACCAGACAGUAUCUUCCAGAAAUAUGAAGGCCAAGUAGAGAAGGAUGUAUUGGUGUCAGAUGUGGAUCCUAUUUCUGCACAAAGAAAUAGUUCUGCCAGCUUUAUUAGAAAGAUGAGACAACUAGUUAUGAAACGAAUCAUGACUAUUAGGCACAAAUUUAAUUUAUCAGACAUUGUGAAUGAUUAUGAAGAAAUUAUAUCUAUGAGCCAAUUGAGUAAUGCAGUUUUCAAGCUAGGUGAACGCAGAAGACAUUUGAAACCACAAAGGAAAGAGAGACGGAAGGUUCCAGCUCAGGCUGUCUCUGAUGGAGAUGUUAAACUUCUGGUCAGAAUAUUGAGAGCAUAUAAUAUUCCUGCAAGAAAGGCAGCAGCAGCUAAGCUUGGAGUUGUUCGUUCACCAUCACUUAAUCGUUUGUCCCGAGGAAGACAUCUGUUGUCAGGAAAGUCAGCCUAUACAACUGAUCCUCUAAGUGAGGUGGCUGUUCACCCUUUUGUAGAAGUUUCUUUCCAAAACACAGUUUAUCAGACUAGCACUGCAGAUGGCUCACAUCCGUGUUGGAAUGAAGAACUUCAAGUUGAUUUCAGCUCUCGUGGACACGAGUAUACUUUUUCUGGGCUAUCUAAAAUAAAAGACUACAUAUAUAUUAACAUUUUUGAUGAAUUUGUGACUGAAAAGCAUGAGGACACCUGUCUAAAAGGCUGCAGUGGCCACUCCUAUGUAAGAAAGAAUUGGCUUGGAUCUAUUAUGUUUCCUUUCUCUACUCUCCUGGAACAAUCAAAGAUCUGUGGUACAUUUCAAGUAAAUAUGCCAUCAGUUUUGCUUGGUUAUACUUGGAGUAAGACCUAUGUACCUCCUAAAGAAGAAUGCUGUGGGCAGAAUUUGAAAGAAUAUACCUUUUUAACCAUCUUUGCAACUAUUGAACCUCAGCUAUCUUCUGCUGAAAAUAAUUUAGAAUCAGAUAAGCUUGCAGAUCAUGAAGAUGAAAUUGUUUUGCAAAGAGCAUGCAUUUUUAAGAAAACAUGUAAGGCAUUGUUUCCAAAAAGGAGAAUAAUUACCUCAGUUUUUAACAACGAAGGAAGAAAUAUUUUAGUAACAAAGUAUAUUACCUCUCUAAACCCACCACAGCUACUACUAGAUAUGUAUCCUGAAGAUCCUUACUCAGCUUCAGACCUGGUAUCUCGAUUUGUGUCUUUAAUUCCUUGUAUAUCAGACACUGUGGAUGAAAAUGAUGAAGUUGAUGUUUGGAUGACAUCAGAGCAUUGCAUCAGUUUGGGUGUUGGCAACAAAGAAGAACAUGCGGUGCUUCUGUGUAACUAUCUCCUGUAUAUUGGGAAAAAAGCAUGGGUACUAUUGGGAACAUCUGUGUUAGAAGGGAAAGUGGCUUAUGUAGCAACACAAGAAAAUGGAGAAUAUUUUCUGUGGAAUCCAUUAAAUGGCCAGUGCUAUAAGCAGUUUGAUGCAUUUUGCCCCCUACAGAGUGUUGAUUGUUUGAUCAGUUGGGAAAAUGUCUGGUUCAACAUACAGCAAAACAGUUCGCCAAUGUGUGUAUCUUUUGAUAUUUCAAAGGAAUGUUUUUGGAAACAGUUGCUUCCAUACAAUAUUCAGCAUUCAAAAACACACACUGUACAGCCAGAAGAAAUAUUUUAUGUCCCUACUGAUGAAAGUUUGGUAGAAGAGUUACAGAACAGGAUUGAAAAGACUUUGAAAAAUAAAAUGAUGGAAUGGCGAUCCCGGCAGCCAACUCGGUGGAAUCGACAGUGUAUCAGUGUCUUACGACAAAUUCUUCCUAAGCUAGAAUUUAGAAAUGGAAGCAGUACUAUAGAAAAAGAAGAAACUGAUAUGGAGCCUAUUCUGGAACAUUAUUGGGUUACAGGAUUUCCUAUCCAGAUGCCCUAUCUGGAUGUACAGUCAAUAACUGAGGUGGUUUAUCAGACAGGAAUUCAUUCUUCAGAGAUCCCCAAUACAGAAUUUGCUCUUGCUGUGUACAUUCAUCCAUACCCAAAUAACAUAUUAUCUGUCUGGAUCUACCUAGCGUCUUUGGUCCAUCUUCAGUAAGUAGUAAUGAUACAUACAUCUCUUCUGGAAUCAGGCAUUCAGUACUACCAUGGGGUGUUUGCUGAUUGCAGUGUCUAAAUAUUUACUCUUAUAUUGCUAGAAAGAAAACUUCAUUACAUAUUAAAUUCAAAUUGUUUUUCAGAGAUGGUCUCUCAAACAUUCUUGAUAUAUUGCUUCCAAGAUACAGGCAAAAAUGUUGCUUAUUUUUGAAUAUAUGAACUGUAAAUAAUUACUGUAUUUUGCUUAGCUCCUGCAACAGUGUUAAAAUACUCACUGAUUUUGAUGAUUAUAAGACAAUAAAUACUUUCCCAGUAAUGUGUACAUUUUGUACUGCAAGAUUAGCUCAUUUAGCAAAGUUCAAAUAGAUUCAUUGUAUUUAUUCAUUAAAAUAUAUUGGUUUCAAAUCA